GUCGCAGCAUUCAAAAAGCACAACCCUGAGUGGUCCAAGAUCCGUGUUGUGAUGUCGGAUAAGCCACUGCAUGAGAAGGGGGUGCUGUUGGAAGGAUGGUCGAAUGCGCGCCAGCUACUAUGUCGUUGGCACGUCGAAACAUGGUUGAAGAAACAGUGCUCCAGACUGGGAGACGUCGGGCCUACAGAAACGAAGGAACUCAAGUCAAUUAUGAAAGAAUGGGUGAAUGCGGCAUCUCAGGAGCACUAUGACGACCAGAAGAAGGCUCUGCUCGAGACAGUCGGGAAUAACGAAGAAAACCUGCUCUACAAAAGUUUUAUGAAGCACUGGGAUACGACUACUGACGAGUGGGUGAUGUUCAAGCGUGGUGACGUCCCCCACCUGAUGAACAACACGAACAACCGUCUGGAAUCGAAAUGGGGCCGCCUCAAAGAGGUUAUUGACGGUAGUGUCACUGUUGAUGAGCUCCUCUCCAUGCUGAUAACAAUGCAAGACUACGCUGAAGAACGCUAUCUGGCUGACUUCCAUCGUGUCAGCAGUCGCCCUCCCAUUGCUGAAGAUCCUGAGUUAACUGCAGUGGCCAUGUAG